AUGGCCGCUCCCAGCAGGCAGUCGAAAUGGGGCUCCUUUCUGUCGCAGGCCGUUGCGGGCGUCGAGUCCAGGCUGGACAACAUGCUGGCCGAACCCGACGACGCCGCGGCUGCACCGUCGCCCGCGCCGACCGGCACGGCGGCGACACCUCCGUCCGCGAAGCCGAGCGCAGCCAGUUCCCGAUCCGUUUCCGCCAACCGCCCCGGCGAUCGGCUGCAGGCACGGCUGGCCCAGGCCAUGGCCGGGAAAGCGAGUGCCGGUGCCGGUGCCGGUGCCGGUGGAGGUGGAGGUGCCGCCAAGAAAACAGCAACGGCGUCUCCGAGGAGCUCGGUCGACCAGGCCUCUACGACUUCCGCGGAACGUCAGUCCACGGAACGGAGGUCGACAGAGCGUCGGUCCGCAGAACGCAGGUCCACGGAGAAAGAGCCAGAGGCAAAGAGGGAUGGCGGCGAGCCUGGUGCCGCGGAUGGUGCCGCGGAGCCGGUUCCCUGCACAGACACGGCGGCAGCUGCGAGCUCCUCGUCGGAUCCCGGCCUGGCGCCGAGCGAGGCGACCAAUGGGCUUGAGCCGGCACAGCCGGCACGACAAGACACCUUGCCGUCUCCCAAGGGAUCCGAGCGUGCUGGCGAACACGACGACGACGACGACGACGACUCCUCGAAACCCGCGGCCGGCGCAGCAGCAGCAGCAGCAGCAUCGGACAACGCUUCGGAGCUCCUCACCCGCCUGCAGGAGCUGACGGCGAGGCAGCAGGAGGAAAUCCACGCUUUCGUCGAGAGAGUGGAUUUCCUCGAGUCCAAGCUGCAGUACCUCUCCAGGACGGCCGCAGACUCGGCCAAGGCGUCUGCGGCCUCGGCCGCCGCGGGAAGCCUGGAGCAGAAGCUCGCGGAAAGGGACGAGAAGAUGGCCCUGCUGAUGCAAGAGGGCCAGAAGCUCUCCGCCAACGAGCACAAGCUCAGAAUGACGGUCAAGAAGCUGCGCGCGCAGGCGGGAGAGGCCGGCAGGCGAGCGGACGAGCUCGGGAGGAGCAGGGACAAGGCGCUCUCGGAGGCGGAGGCGCUGCGCGCCCGCCUCGCCGGCUCGGAGCAGGAGGAGAAGCGCCAGGAGGAGGCUCGGCGGGCCGCCGCCGCGCUGCAGAGGGAGGCGGAUGCGCUGAGGAAGGAGGGCGCGCACAGGGACGACGCGCACCGACGGCUGGAGCAGGAGUGGGAGCGCAAGGCGGAGCAGGCGGAGGCUGCGCGUCGCGAGGCGCUGGGCAGGGCCCUCGCGGCGGAGCAGCAGCAGAAGAAGGCGGCGGAGGAGGCCGUUUCCGCGCUGCGCGCGGAGAGAGAUGCCGCCGCAGCAAAGGCUCGGCAAGACGAGGUGGAGUGGCGGGAGAGGCUGGAGCGGGCCAACCGACGGGGUCGCAAGGUCGAGGAGGAGCUCCAGGCCGAGCUGCGGGCCGUCGAGGGCAAGCUGGAGGCCAUGCGGAUUGCCGCCGAGGAGGCGUCGUCCGGGUCCGGGGGGGACGCGCAGGUCAAGAUGUUCCGCCAAGUCGAAACCUUGCAGUCCCAGUACGCAUCUGCUCGAGAAAACUGGCAGGGCAUAGAAGCAUCGCUGCUUGCCAAGGCGGCCAACCUGGAGAAGGAGAGGGACGAGGCGCAGCGCCGAGAAUCAGAGAUGAGGAAAAAGGCUCGAGAUGCGGCCGUGCGUCUACGACAGCUGGAAGAGGAGCUCCAGGAUAUACGGCCCUCUCUCGCGGCCGCUCGUCAGGAACGGGACGUGUGCCAGCAGGAGCUGGCUGCUCUGCAGCUGUCGUACAAGAAAUCGCAAGAGACCCUGAAGGAAACGCAGCAAGAGCUGGCGAGCCUGCGGCAAAGCGUUGCCGAAAAGGACGAACGCGCCGAGGCGGAGCAGGGAGACUGGGCGGACGAGGUCGCAGGCGCGUCCUGCAGGGGCCAGCAGAGCAUCCCCGACUCGCCGCUGCUGCUGUCGUCGGCCGCGGCCGCGGCCAGGACCCUGAGCUCGGAUCUGACGGCGCUGGCCGGGCCGAGCAGAACCCGCAAGCUCCACGCGCCGGGCAGCAUCCCGGACAGCCCGGCGGAGAUGCUGCCGACGCUGCGCCGCCUGUCGAGCCAGCCGCUGUUCCGCGCCAGAGAGCCGUCGUACGCGUGGUCCGGCGGCGGCGGAGCGCCGCCGACCCCGUCCCCGUUCUCGCCGUUCGAAGCGCCGGGCGAGAUGGGCCCGCUGGCGCUGCCGGCCCCGGAGCAGGAUGGCGGAGCGCCGGAGGCGACGCCUUCGCCGCCGCGCCACGUCGCGCAGGACAGGAUGUCGGUGUCGACUGUGGGCGCGGGGCCUUCGGUGCAGCUGGUGGAGCGGAUGAGCUCGGCGAUCCGCCGGCUCGAGGCGGAAAAGGUCACGGCAAAGGAGGAGAUGGCGAGGGUGUGCGGCCAGAGGGACGAGGCGAGGGCGGACCUGGUGGCGCUGAUGAAGGAGCUCGAGGAGACCAAGGCUGCUGCGGCAAAGGUGCCUCGCCUGGAGGAAGAGAUGGGCAAGAUGGACUCGAGGUACCAGACCACGUUGGAGAUGCUGGGCGAGAAGAGCGAGCUGGUCGAGGAGCUCAGGGCAGACGUGCAAGACGUCAAGGCCAUGUACCGGGAGCUGGUGGAACGAACAGUGCGGUGA